AGUUACCCCGAGCCUGACGAUGCUGUAUCCGCCUUCACGGCUGCUGCCUUGUUGAAGGAAGUAAAGUCUGUCAAACAUGAGUUUCCACCACGGCCAGGGCUAUCCAGGAGGAGGCAACCCCCGACCAGGUGCUCCAUACGGGGGAGGCAGUGGUCCAUAUGGGCCAUAUGGUGCCGCACAUCAAACAGGAGCUCCUCAUGGUGCUUAUGGAGUCCCAGGUCAAGGAGUGCCAUAUGGGCAUGGACCAGGGGGUGCCCCUGCCGGGCAUUAUGGGGGUUACGGGGGACAACCCCAUGGAGGACCUUACGGGCACCAUGCCUCUGCAGGUAACAUCCCUCCUGGUGUUAACCCAGAGGCAUACCAGUGGUUCCACACUGUCGACACGGACCGCAGUGGCUUUAUCAACCUAAAGGAGCUGAAGCAGGCUCUUUUCAACUCCAACUGGUCCACUUUUAAUGACGAGACCUGCCUCAUGAUGAUCAACAUGUUUGACAAGACACGGUCGGGCCGAAUGGACCUGUUUGGCUUCUCAGCACUGUGGGACUUCAUGCAGCGGUGGAGAGCACUCUUUCAGCAGUACGACAGGGACCGCUCAGGCACUAUCAAUGGUGCAGAGCUACACCAAGCCCUCACUCAGAUGGGCUACAACCUGAGUCCCCAGUUUUCUGAGACGCUGGUGCGACGCUUCGCCGUGCGAGGCGCACGACCGGGCAUUCAGAUGGACCGCUUCAUCCACGUGUGCACCCAGCUCCAGAGCAUGACGCAGGUCUUCAGGGAGAAAGACACGACCAUGACGGGCAACAUCCGCCUUAACUAUGAGGAUUUCCUCUCGGGGGCCAUCACCAGGCUCAUGUGAGCCUCAUUCCACUGGCUAUUCCCUCAGCACUGUGGAUUCACAGUAUCAUUCCAUGUUCAGGUCAUAUAUUACUCAAUGCUCUACCAUAAGUGCCCCUACCUGUUGAUAUACAUACAGUAUAUCAGCCAGAACACAUUAUGCCAUGGCUUGUUGCUGUAAAUAGAUAAAGCCUUACACCAUGCACUUGGAUAAAGUUCAGCAGCUGUUAUAAAUGCAGCUGAAGCCUUUACUUGAUGGCUUAGCCUUCACCAGGGGUCAGCAGGUCACAGUCAUAAUCUUACCAUACAUGCCUUGAUGACACAAAGAUUAUUGUUUACUAGUACCAGUAUUUGAUUGAAAUUCUGAAUAGUUUAACUGAGAUAACAGGAGAGCUUCUGUUUACAUGUGAGAUUUGCUGACAACCUACCCGACAACCCCACUAACCACAUAUCUGUCAGGUCUGGAUCAGUGUAAAGACUUGACCAGGGGAGGCUACAAUCACCAGAUGACAUUUCUCUGCUUCUACAGUACAGUACCUGCAUUAGACUGCAUGACAGUCAUUAUCCUGUGAAUUUGCUCACAUGCAGCAUUAAAGGGUUACUUGAGUAUUUUUCAAACUUUAUCCUAUUUUCUCAAGUUUUUGUGUCUAAGGGUGUUUUCACACUUGGUCCUUUUCAGCCCUAAACGACCUCUGACGACUUUUGCACAUAUGUGAACACUCCAAGAGAACUCAGACCCAUAACCAUACUCAGAAGGUGGUCAUCUGGUGGUUCAUCUGAAAGCGAGGGGCUUCAUAAUCAGACUGCAGUGCCAGGUCAAAGUGAAAAAAAUAAGCUACAUCAAUAUAUUUCAUAAUAUUUCAAAGAGGACUGAGGGUCCAUCAGAGCUGAAGUUGACCAGAUAGAGAACUGAGUCCUCUUUGAAUUCAACUGUGAGUCUUUUUUCUGUUGGUCCACUUUUUGGUGCACUUGAAGAGGACUGAGUUCGGUUCAUUUAAAAAGGACUAUAUGUGAAAACACCUUAAGUGACCGAUGAAAACAACAUUUUUUUAACUUGGUCCAGUCUCCAGUGGUAAAACAGGCUGCAGUUUGACCACUCGGGGCAUUUGUGCACUGUCAAUUGAUGUCCUCUAAAACUUGUUUUUGCCACUGACAGGCUCAGAUUGUUAAGUGUCUACCAACAUUAUGGAAAGGAGAUAGACCUGCUUUUCAUGAGUAAGAUCCUUUUAGUUUAGCUAGACACAGCCCUGAAAUAAUUGCCAACAACCUCACCAGACUCCAUUUAAAUCAACAGUCAUUUUGGGGUGUAUAGAAGAAGCAUGUUUUCACAUCUAACUGGGUGAAUUUAGGGUUUAUUUACCAAACCAGAGUUGGUGACUGUUGGAACUGCAGAAAGAUGAACCAAGACAGUUUUUGUGAGUUGUAUUUGGUCUUGGUUGACUUUUAAAGAAGUGUGUUUUACAAUGGUAAAAUUACUGUUCAUUGAAAUGGAGUCUGGUGUGUUUGGCGACUGUUUCCUCAUGAAACAAAAAGGAUCUCACUCUUCGACAAAAAGCUCAGUCUCAGUAGGAUCCUUUCUAUAAUGUUGUCAGACACUUUGAAUAAUAAUCUGAGCCCCUCAGUGGCAAAACUAAACACUUCAGUGGAUGUGAAAUCACGGUGUACAAAUGCCCCAUUUGGUUAUAUUGCAGCCUGUUUUGCAGCUGCCAGCUGCAGCCUUCUCACUCAAUACUGGACUUCAAAAACUGUUCCCAUUAGUUGCUUCGACACAAAAACAUGGGAAAAUAGGUUGAAGGUUGAAAAAUACCAGGUACCCUUUAAAUUAUUCCUAUGCAAUCGCCUUUUAAAUGUAUGUAUAUCAGGAAAUAUUCAGCAUUUCCAGAGUGUAUUCCCAUGCAGUGGUUGCACAUUGUUUCGAACAUUGCUUUAUAUUGUAUGUGUGUAAUCAAGCUAAACAGGGCCACAUUUUAUAAUAUCAGAAAUACUACACUCUCACAUUUAGUGGGGUGUUGCUGGUAAAGCUCUGCCAGUAAGUGUUGAGAAUGAAAGAAAUUUAUUUUAGUUUUUGCAAAGGUGUACCUCCGUUAGCCAGUUUUAACCAUAAAUAAAAUAUCUGUGGACAAAGAGACCCAACAGCACGACAAUGUGUUCCCUGUAGUGAAAUGGGAUUUGCAGUGAUGGUGGGGCCAGUACUUUGAGAGAUGAUACACUUGUGUUCUGAAAUCAGUGAAUAUGCCAAAAUGGUACUAACUGCCAAAAACAAAUAAAUGCUUUUUUUUUUUGUCA